UCCUCUGUCACGGACAGGCGCACCGCAGCUCAGCCGCGGAGAAUAUUCCACCGUUCUUGCCCCACACCAUAAGAUCGCAAUAAGACAUUUAUCUCCGUCAUUUCCCAUAUUUGGACAUUGAUGAGUUUAAUUCGCCGGUGGCCGUAGCGGUCCAUCCGAUCGUUAUCGCGUUGCUUUCCAUCCUCCUCGCACCCAAAGGCUGAUCUGCGCGUCAAGAUGGCUGAGUUGAAUUUGGGGAAGGGGCUGACUGCAGGGAAAGUGGCCAGUAACGUUCAGAAAAAACUAACCAGAGCUCAAGAAAAGGUUCUUCAAAAGCUUGGCAAAGCCGAUGAGACCAAAGAUGUCGCCUUUGAGGAGGGAGUGAUCAACUUCAACAAACAAUAUACUGAAGGCAGCAAACUACAGAGGGACCUAAGGGCAUACCUAGAAGCAGUUAAAGCCAUGCACGAGUCCUCCAAGAACCUGCAGGCGUGUCUGGAGGAUAUGUACGAGCCAGACUGGUAUGGCAAGAACGAAGUGGAUUCCAUUGUGGAGGACUGUGAUGUUCUCUGGACAGACUACCACCAGAAGUUGGUUGACCAUGCACUCAUCUCCAUGGAUACAUACCUGGGCCAGUUCCCUGAUAUCAAGGCUCGUAUCGCUAAGAGGGACAGGAAGCUAGUUGACUAUGACAGCGCCAGGCACAACUAUGCUGCCACACACAAGGCAAAGAAAAAGGACGGAGGCAUUAAAAUCACCAAGCCUUCCUCUUUGUUGGAGAGAGCCACUCCAUCUUGGGCUCAGGGGAUUUUGUCUGCACACAAUGUAGCUCAGACCAGCCUGUCCAGGAGUCAGGCAGAGGAGGAGUUAGAGAGAGCGCAGAAGGUGUUCGAGGAGAUUAAUGUCGAUUUGCAGGAGGAGUUACCGUCCCUCUGGAACAGUCGCGUUGGGUUUUAUGUGAGCACGUUCCAGAGUUUGGCCGGAUUUGAGGAGAAGUUUCACAAAGAAAAGAGUAGGUUGGAUCAGGAUUUAUACAACGUCCUGGAAAAACUGGAGAGCUCAGACAUAAACAGAAAGACAGGUAACCACGCCGUCUCAUCAUCUGGAGCAAACAGGAGUGGUAAAGAUGAAUCUAACCACACUCUCAGGCCCGGAGGACCACCCCCGAUCCCUAAAUCGCCAUCCAAGCUAAAGCCAGCAGUGCCUCCCCCGCCCAAAGUGACGCCAUCUAAGGAAAUGAAAACAGAGAAUAUCAUUAACCUGUUUGAUGCUGCAGCUACUCCUGACAUCAGCGUCUCCUCCCCGACACAGCCUGAAAACUGGGACUCGUGGCCUGAGGACAAUGGUGCUGAGAAAGAGGACAACCCACUUCGCUAUGACCCUGUGGCUGCUGCUGCAGAAGCCUGGGGGGACGAGGGAUCGCAGCCUGUCCGCUAUGACCCCAUAGCUGCCGCUAAUGAGGAAUGGGGGGAUGAUGGAGCCAAACCAAUUUACUAUGACCCCAUGACUGUGGCCCAGGAGGAAUUGGUGGAUGAUGCAAGCCAGCCAGCCCAUUAUGACCCUAUUGCUGAAGCCCAAGAGGGCUGGGGUGAUGAUGAGACUCAGGUAGUCAUGGAGAAGCCCGCCAUGGAGGAUGAUACACCUUUAGCCGAACUGCCGGUGAAUAUCACAGAGGAGGAAGCCACCCCAACUACUAUGGAUGCUACUGCUGAUGCUACUGCUGCUACUACUGAUGCUACUGCUGCUGCUGCAUUGGACAGUGACGAGGGUCAGAAUGACUCUGCACCAGCUCCUGCAGCAACAGAGGAAGAAGCACCAAAACAGGAAAUGCCUGAACCAGAAGCCGAACCAACCACAGUCACGCCAGCAUCAGAGGAAAUGCCUCCUGGCUUCAUGUUCAAGGUCCAGGUGAUGCAUGAUUAUGCAGCCAAUGACACGGAUGAAUUGGAUAUGAAGAGUGGUGAUGUGGUGCUAGUAAUCCCCUUUGACAACCCAGACGAACAGGACGAGGGCUGGCUGAUGGGAAUCAAACAGGACGACUGGCUACAGAACAAAGAAAAUGCUGUUAAAGGGGUAUUUCCGGAAAACUUCACCCAGAGACUGUGAAACAAAAGGACAGGUCAUCUAGCAUCUCCCCUUCUUCAAGUCUCUCUUCCUUCUCUCUCUCUCCUCUCUUGCUCUCUGACCCUGUAUAUCUUUAUCAGGACUUUGGCCAUUGUGGCAGAGCUGAAAUCACACCAUUCUGAGGUCUGCUAAACUGGGCUAAAAGUGGAUCUUUGCAUUCCUGUGGAUUUCUGCCAACAUUUUACAGCCGUAGCUACUGCAUAGGUUCCACGUUUUACUGUCUUGCUGCAAAA